AUGCCGGCCAUGCUAGAUGAUCCGGCGAGCCCCACCAUCUACCGAGUCUCCGGUCAACCUCCGUACCCGGAUCCGAACAGCCCCGGCUUCCCGGCCGACAUCACCCCUCGGCAGGUCACACUCCGUGAUCGUCAGACAGUGGCUACCAUUGUCCCGUUUGCCUCUAAACAUCAGGUUCCCAAGUCGUUGAUCGCCUAUCUAUGUGACCAGAUCAAUAAGGAGAUUGAAGGCGGCGAUACGUAUCCCAUGAUGGAGCCUUUCGCUGCCGACAAUUUUGGCUCCUACUGGUUCCAGAACUUUGGAGCCAUCAUGCUUCUUGGCAAUGUUGAACGCGCUGAGGACGUAGUUGAAGGCAAAGAUUGGUCCCGCGAAUGUCUGGGAAGCUUCUACAUCAAGCCCAACUACCCUGGCCGCAGCAGCCAUGUAUGCAAUGCUGGCUUCCUAGUCACUGAUGCCGCCCGCAACCGCGGUGUCGGUCGUCUCAUGGGCGAGGCUUACUUGGAUUGGGCACCUCGUCUGGGUUAUACUUACAGCGUCUUCAACCUGGUGUACGAGACAAACGUGGCAUCAUGCCGUAUCUGGGAUGCGCUUGGCUUCAAGCGCAUCGGCCGGGUCAAGGGGUGCGGUAAUCUUCGCAGCUUUCCAGGUCAAUUGAUCGAUGCCAUCAUCUACGGCCGGGAUCUGUCACCGCGCGAAAGCGAGGAACUCGUGAGUGAAGAGCGUUUCGACAAAAUCAAGUUCUACCUCAAGUACGGCGAGUACCCGAACGGCGCUGACCGUGCCGAAAAAAGCAGGCUUCGGAGCGCAGCGACGCACUAUAAGCUUCUCGACGGCGACAAGCUCAUGCUCAAGGAUAAAGAGGUGAUAUCUGAUCCGGUUCGCCAAUUCGAUAUUGCCCGGCAAAUGCAUGCCCAGCAGCACGGCGGCAUCAAUAGGACGACAGCUACUAUUGCAGAGAAGUAUCAUUGGAGUCGUAUCAAGGAAACGGCCAGCGAUGUUAUCCGGAGUUGUGCGGAGUGCAAAGAGCUCGGCAAGACACCUAACCCUGGUGGUGCGCGGAAAGCAGCCUCGUCAAAUAAUCACAGUGGGAGAAGUAUAGGAGUUGUGAGAGGAGAUUCAAAUGAACACCAAGUACAAUCGAUGAGUCCUCCCGCCACUCAGAUGCUACCGUUACAAGAUCACAGCAUGAUGCCGGCACUCUCGCAACAAAACCCUGAUCAUGAUCAUACGCCCAGUCCUUAUGCUAACCCAGCCGAUAUUUCCCUAAUUGGUCACUCUCACGCCCUUCAAAACAGCUCUAUGGAACAUCCACUUCACUCGCACAGUCCUAUGCUUCAAGAUCCCCCGACCGGCCAUCAUCCGCACGAUCACCCUGUAUAUCAACCCAUCGACCCGCAAAUCAUCAACCAGUCUUCAUCACACGACCUCAGUGCCUUCGACCAAUACCACUCGCCUGCUGACUUCCAAGCAUUACUCAAUGCCACCGAAGGAGUGGGAGAAGAUGUUGUGGAUCAGGAUUUGGAAAUGUUGAUAGAUCACCAAGAUGAUGAUGGUGUAAUGGAUGAAGCUGUCAAUAUCGAUGGCAUUGACGGAACGGGUAGUCAGGGGUUGUCACACAAGGAUAGAAGCUUGUAUGAUGUUGGCUUUGGAGGACCAGGAGGGUAA